AUGACGAUCCACGCGCAGCCCGAGCCUCGAACCGUCAUUCUAACCGACGAAGAACGCCGCUAUGGAAAAUACUCCGAUUUGUCCAUUCAACGCGCCCUGGAGGCCAUGCACCAGGAUGGCUUAGUCGUCCUCAAAGGAGUUGUCGAUAUAGAUCACAUCGAGGCUUUAAAUCGGCAGAUGAGUGCCGAUGCCGAAAAGAAGAGAGAUGAUCCCAAUCAAGUGUAUAAUCACUCUGUGAAAUCCAAUUUUCUACAAAGACCGCCUGUCACUGACCCGAGUCUUCUGUACGAGGAUAUCUAUUACAACCCCUUCGUUUUACAAUUGGCCAAUGCAUAUCUCGGACACAAACCAAUCUGGAACUGGCUCACAGCCAACACAGCACUCGCCAACACAGGAGGCAUGCGCCAAGCCGUCCACAAGGACAACGCCUUCAUUCACCCCCAAUAUCCAUACUAUUUCAUCGCCAAUAUCCCGCUAUGCUCCACCAGCGUGGAAAACGGCGCCACCGAGUUCUGGCUCGGAUCGCACGCCCACACAUCGAAUCACGACCAAAAGAUCGCCACAAAGCCAGAGGAAAUCACUGCCCAUUACCGACUCGGCGAGCCGCUCCCGGCUGUCACUCAGGAAGCACAGGAACUACGACGAGCCAUUCGCCCCCCGAUCCAGGCAACUUGCUCGGCGGGGGAUAUCAUGAUUCGAGAUAUCAGACUAUGGCAUGCGGGUAUGCCAAAUGAGACGGACACUCAUCGGAUUAUGCUUGGGCUGGGAUAUCAGGUAAGUGGUCGUGUCUGA